GCAUGCAGGUGACUUGGGAUUAUGUUGAGGCGACUGCUGCUGUCCUUAGGACUCCUGCAGGUGGCCCUUGCCCUCCUGGCUUCCAGCCACAGCCGUCUGGAUGAGAGGGGGCCUAUCAUGGAAGAUGCAGGCAGGCCCAAUUCCCCAAGCCUCACAGAGAUGUUCAAGGAGGUACAUGUCCCAGAUUUUAAGCAAGUGGCUCUGGAGAUGCCAAUAGCCCAAGACGACCUUGUGCCAGAAGCUGGCAUGAUGAUGAUGUCAGCAGCACUGCAAGCCCAACAGCGGGAAGCGCGUUCUCCACGGAGAUGUGUCCGUAUCCAGGAAUCCUGUCUUGGGCACAAACUGCCAUGCUGUGACCCAUGUGCCACUUGCUACUGCCGCUUCUUCAACGCCAACUGUUUUUGCAAGAAAUUCAGCAGCACUUUCCCCUGUGGCAGGAACUAGCCUCCAUCCUGCAGGCUGUCAUUUACUAAUCUUGAAUAGAAGUGGGGUGUAUAUAUGUGUAUUCCUUGUACCAUUCCAAUAAAU